UGAUCGCGAUGCUACACACUCCUCAGAUCGAUCCAGAAAUGUUCCUUCUGUUUAAUCAAUCAUUAACUCGAACCUUCUUCCACCUCCUAGUUUCUCAUGAUUCCGUUUGGAGAUCGUUCCUGACUUUGGCUUCCUGUUCAGUGAAAUCCACCUGCGAGAACAUCAUGUGGAUCUGCAGUGAGUAUCUUCUGUCCCUCAAUUCAUUUCAGGUGUGAAGCCAAGUGUUCAUGAUGAAAACCUGCAUCUCAGACACUUCUACCCAUGAAGCUGUGAGCUGUGAUCUCCACCCAGGUGAUGUUGACCAUGUGUACACUGUGCAGAACUCAACUCUGAACACCUGCAACUUUCAUGGCGUGAACUUGUUUGGAACUCGCGGUUCUCCAUGAUCAUCAGUUUGCAUAGAAAUGUGUAUGAAGUGAAAUUAUGGACCGAUCCACUCAGCAGAGCAGCAGAGCAGAGCUCCACUUUCACAUCCAGAGAAUCUCUAAUGUUCUGCUGCUUCACUGAGCUGGAGCUGGGAGGUGAAGUGACGUCGUCUCCAGCCUAUAUAGUGCACUCAUCAUCCUCAAAACACACGGAUUGGGAUAGAGCCGGAGUGUGUGUGUGUGUGUGUGUGUGUGUGUGUGUGAGAGAGAGAGAGAGAGAGAGAGAUUUAAAUAGGAGUUGAGCGCUGAGGAAGGGGGUGGAGGAGGAGGAACAUUGUGAAGAACCUGGCUCAAUGACUGACUGCUACAGUAUCUGAAAGAAACUAAACAGGAGUGAAGGAGUGAGUGAAGGAGUGAGUGAAGGAGUGAGUGAAGGAGUGAGGGAUUAAUGGAGGUCAGUCUGCUGGAGCUGCUCAGUGUUGAGGUGAACUGCAGCCUCGCGGACGCGUUUGGAGACGCCGCGUACGGGAACGCGUCAGACGCGCUGUACUGCGACGCCACGGCGGAUGAGAUCGGCACGUGCUGGCCGAGGAGCGGCGCGGGGAGACUGGUGGCGCGACCAUGUCCAGACUUCAUCAACGGGGUCAAAUACAACAGCACCAGGAGCACGUAUCGAGAAUGCCUGGAGAACGGCACAUGGGCUUUCAAGAUCAACUACUCCAGCUGCGAGCCCAUUUUAGAGGAAAAGAGGAGGUACCCGGUGCACUACAAGAUCGCCCUCAUCAUCAACUAUAUGGGACACUGCAUAUCUAUUGGGGCUCUCGUCAUCGCUUUCGUCCUCUUCCUUUGUCUGAGGAGCAUCCGUUGCUUGCGGAAUGUAAUUCACUGGAAUUUAAUAACCACCUUCAUCCUGAGGAACAUCAUGUGGCUUCUGCUGCAGCUCAUUGACCACAACAUACAUGAAAGGAAUGAGCCCUGGUGUCGCCUCAUAACCACCGUCUAUAACUAUUUUGUGGUGACUAAUUUUUUCUGGAUGUUCGUGGAGGGCUGUUACCUUCACACUGCCAUCGUCAUGACCUACUCCACCGACAAGCUCCGGAAGUGGGUUUUCCUCUUCAUCGGCUGGUGUAUUCCGUGUCCCAUCAUUGUGGCGUGGGCAGUGGGGAAGCUGUACUACGAAAACGAACAGUGCUGGUUUGGAAAAGAACCCGGGAAAUACAUCGAUUACAUUUAUCAGGGUCCUGUUAUUGUCGUUCUGCUGAUAAACUUCGUGUUCCUGUUCAACAUCGUACGCAUUCUUAUGACCAAGCUACGAGCUUCCACCACGUCCGAGACCAUCCAGUACAGGAAAGCGGUGAAGGCGACGUUAGUGCUGCUCCCUCUGCUCGGCAUCACGUACAUGCUGUUCUUCGUGAAUCCAGGGGAUGAUGACAUCUCACAGAUCGUCUUUAUUUAUUUCAAUUCCUUCCUGCAGUCUUUUCAGGGUUUCUUCGUCUCAGUGUUUUACUGCUUCCUGAAUGGUGAGGUACGCUCUGCAGUAAGGAAACGUUGGCACCGAUGGCAGGAUAACCACGCCCUCCGUGUUCGGGUUGCCAGGGCGAUGUCUAUCCCAACAUCCCCAACACGCAUCAGCUUUCACAGCAUUAAACACACCACAGCUGUGUGACACACACACCCCCACACAGACACACAGUUUUAGCAAACUUGUGUAACACUGCAAAAUAAUUUUACCUGCUGGGGCUGAGCUUUAACACACACACACACACACACACACACACACACACUUCAGUGCCAGAACACACAUACACAUGUUGAACAAAUGCUGUUUACACACCUAAAAUAGGUGAUACACACCACUCUAUUUCCAUUAAACACACACCAAUGCACACCUGGAACAGGAAACGCACACCUGGAACAGGAAACGCACACCUGGAACAGGUUAACUGAUGAUAUGUGUAUUUUUGUGAGAUGAAGAAUUAAGUUGUAUUUUUUUUUCAACAUUUUGUGUAAUUGUUAAAAUGUACAGAUGAAACAUGCAACAUAUUAAAGUGUAAAUAUUCUGUUCUUUUCUGAA